UUAGUCAUGCGGUUUAGGACAACUAUCUGGACUCGAUUUCGGAUUAACUUUGACGGUCUUCCAUGUUUCUUGUGUUUGAUAGUAUUAAGAGCCAUUGUAGGAGAUGCAGCGGAAUAUUUUGAAAACGAAGGUGUGGAUCUAAUAGAAGUAUCAAAUCUUUAUGAAGAGCCACUUGGGAUCAUUAGACUUUUGGGGAGAUGUAUGAAUGAUACUGGAGAAGAUGAGUAUCCCGAGAAACAAGAUUGGGCUUACAGAUGGAGUGAACAGGCUAAAAUAUCUAUAACAACACAGGAAUAUUUUCCAGAUGGUUUUCCCAAGGAUUUUUCCAUAUUGAUUGUAGCUCGUACCGCUCCAGAUCAAUCGUUUCCACUCUUCACGCUAUUCACCGAAAAUGGAGAUGAACAGCUCUCCGUCACGCUUGGUAGUGAAGUUAGUAUUUUUUAUGAAGACAAUGAGGAACUUCCUGAAGAAAAUAAUCUAAUUAAUUUUGAAGCGACAGUAGAUGACGGAGAAUGGCACAGAGUGGCAUUUAGCGUGAAAGGAGACUCUAUAACGGCCAUCAUCGAUUGUCAUCAAAUCAUAACAAAAUCACUAUUAAGACCACUGAACUCAGAGCUCAGUACUUCCGGUGUAAUUAAUGUAGGAUAUCAAAUGGCUAAUGAAGGAUAUUAUAAAGGAGACAUUCAAAUGAUCAAAAUUAUUCCAAGACCAGAUGAUGCUUACGAAAUGUGCAAAUCUUAUGCACCUGACUGUGUAUUUUCCGUAACUAAUUUUGGCGCAAAGGUUUCCAUUAGCUUUAACAGAACAAACAGCGCAAAUGUCGGAUAUGAACUAUCAAGAGAAACAGAAGAUUCCUCAGGAGUUCAUCUAGUAUCAAGUGAAAGAGAACAAAAAAAUAUAUUUGGAAGCAUGGAUAAUUCUUUGUUAGAAGGAGGAGGUAGCCUACAAUUGAAUCGAGAAAACGGAUUUAAUUCGAUAGGAGUCAGUCACAUGGUUUCAUCAUCUGAGAUCGAAACUGCUACUCUGGCAAAUAUUGAUGUUCCAGAUUAUACUGAUACAACUGAAAACAAUGAGAGCUAUAAUACUACAGAUGAAAGUUUUGUUGUAGAAUUAAGUACAAUUUCACCAAAUUUCGAGUUUCCAGAUAGUGUUACUUCUCCGAUAAUUCCCAACUCAUACGGUAUCAGAGGACCCCCUGGCAUCAGAGGUUAUCCCGGACCUCCAGGACCUCCGGGACCUAAAGGAGAGCCUGGUAGAGAUGGAAUUUAUGGUACACCAGGAAUACCCGGACCGCCAGGACAUGUUUUUAUGAUUCCGUUAAACGCACAAGGAAAUGAAAAAGGACCAGAUACCCAAACAGAAACUUUUAGACAACUACUUUCACAACACAUGAUGUCGAUGAGAGGCAUUGAAGGCCCUAUGGGACUCACAGGUAUUCCAGGUCCUCAAGGUCCGCCCGGUCCACAAGGUGCUAAAGGAGAGCCAGGGGAUAGUGGAGAGCCGGGUUUGCCAGGUAUAAGAGGCAUCCCCGGUCUCCCUGGUCGAGAAGGAAGAAGAGGUCGUGCCGGUGGUGAAGGAGAAAGGGGUAUACCUGGACCUAUGGGAGCAAAAGGUGAACAAGGUCAUAUUGGAUUGCCAGGACUACCUGGGGACAAGGGUGAAAGGGGAUUCACGGGAAAUCCAGGCGAAAAGGGUCAUGCGGGCCAUGAUGGACCACAAGGAGAAGAAGGGCCCGCUGGAUCUCCGGGAUUACCUGGUGAAAUGGGUCCCAGAGGUUUCACUGGACCUAGAGGUAUACCCGGUUUGCCAGGAGUCGCGGGAAUUCCUGGAAUAGAGGGACCACCAGGAAGUAAAGGUCAUCCUGGUCCAAUCGGACAACCUGGCCAACCGGGACAACCAGGACCAAUUGGUGCUAUUGGUGCUCCUGGACCACCUGGCCUACUAGGACCACCAGGUUUAACGGGGCCUCCCGGUAAACCCGGCGUUCCAGGUCUGCCAGGUGCAGAGGGGUUGCCUGGAAUUGAUGGAAAUCCCGGACAACCUGGUACUAAAGGCGAUCAAGGAGCUCCAGGCCCACAAGGCACUAUUGGAUUUCCUGGUGGACGUGGAGUAAAAGGAGAUGAAGGUAAAAGAGGUGUUCAAGGUGAAAAGGGGGAGCCAGGAGAGAGAGGUGCAGAAGGAGAAAAGGGAGAAACUGGAGCCAAGGGAGAUGUAGGGGUGCAAGGGCCCCCUGGUAUACCUGGACUGGAAGGACCUGAAGGUCCAAAAGGUUUUGAAGGUCCUCGAGGGGAAACUGGAAAUGUGGGGCAGCCUGGAGAAAAAGGGAAAGAAGGUGCUCAAGGGCUAAUCGGAUAUCCCGGUGCAACAGGUGAGAAAGGUGAUAAAGGAGAGACUGGACGCACUGGACCUGAUGGGGAAAAGGGCGAUAGAGGUCAUACUGGACCACAAGGAGAACGUGGUGAUAUGGGACCUAGAGGAUUCAGAGGGGGAAGAGGAAGGCAAGGCUCGGAUGGUCCCCAAGGUCCAAAAGGUGACACUGGACAACCGGGGGCUUCUGGACCACAAGGAGAAAUCGGUCCACCAGGUCCAGAAGGUAGCAGAGGUUUUACUGGGCUUCCUGGAAAAGUAGGACCACCUGGAAAGGAUGGAUUACCAGGUAUGCCAGGAGAAAGAGGUCCGCCGGGUGAGCCGGGAAAACCCGGACCUCCAGGAGCUGCUGGUGUUAUAGGUCCACAAGGACCCGCAGGAGAACCAGGACCGAUUGGUGAACCAGGAUCAUCAGGUGCACCCGGUGUACCAGGUGAAUCAGGACUACCUGGAGAAGCAGGUAAAGAAGGAUUACCAGGGCCACCGGGACCUCCAGGUCAAUCUGGCCCAACUGGUCCAGUAGGUUUACCCGGACUUCCAGGAGAAAAGGGAGCUAGUGGACUACCAGGUCCCGCUGGAGGAAAAGGUGAUAUGGGUCCUGUUGGGCCACCGGGACCUCCAGGUGAUAAAGGUCAACAGGGCGAGGUGGGAAAAGAUGGACCACCGGGACCAGAAGGUAGAAAAGGGCCUCCAGGUUCCCCGGGAUCUGGCGGAGCGAAGGGUGAGAGAGGCGAUCGUGGUGCUCCAGGAAUAGCUGGAAGAGAUGGAAUUCAAGGAUUGAGAGGACUUCCCGGAGCACCCGGACCAAUUGGUCCUCCAGGAGAAGAUGGCGAUAAAGGUGACGUUGGUCCGCCAGGGGAGAAAGGAUUUAAAGGAAGCAAAGGAGAAGCAGGUCCUGUUGGAACGCCCGGUCUUCAAGGGCUUCGCGGUGAACCAGGUCCAGUUGGUCCUCCUGGAGAAAAAGGACCUCCGGGGGCUAUGGGUAGACAUGGAAAUAAAGGCGAAGAAGGACCCAAAGGUUUAACAGGUCCAGCAGGACCUGCAGGGCCACAAGGUUUACCAGGACCACCAGGAGUUAAAGGAGAAAUUGGAGAUGUUGGUCAAAAGGGUCCUCCGGGUCCAGCUGGUUCUCCAGGAGAACCAGGAACAAGAGGACCUAAAGGCGCCGAAGGAAUGACUGGACCUGUAGGUCCUGAAGGAUCUCAAGGCUUAAAGGGAGAUUCUGGGCAACCAGGCCCUCCGGGACCUCCUGGAAAUGAAGGAAAAAAUGGUGAUUUAGGACCGAUCGGACCAAAAGGAGAUGAAGGAAAACAGGGAAUUCAAGGCGCACCAGGUCCAAGAGGUCUCCCAGGCCCGGAAGGACCUAAAGGAUCUCCAGGUGCAACUGGCUUUCCAGGGCCACCAGGUGAACCGGGAUUGCCGGGAUUAAAAGGAGAAGCAGGUCUUAACGGAGAUAAUGGAAAGCCCGGAGAGGUAGGACCUCAAGGAGAACAAGGCUUACCAGGAAAAAUUGGACCAGUAGGCCCUGUUGGUAGACCGGGACCUGAAGGUCCAGCGGGUCAGCAAGGAAACACUGGGUUGCCAGGAGAGAAAGGUGACAUGGGUGUUAUAGGAGCUCCGGGACUUCAAGGGCAACCCGGACCUCAAGGAGUUCCGGGUCCUCCGGGAGUUCCUGGUAUUGUUGGAGCACCUGGAGCUGCGGGUGAUAAUGGCCCCGUGGGUUCUCCUGGUUUACCUGGACCUCAAGGUAAGAUAGGAGAAUCAGGACCAAAGGGUAAUAAAGGCGAUCGAGGCCGAAGAGGUCCUAAAGGCCACAGAGGUGACCUGGGACCAACUGGGAAAAAAGGAGAAGAAGGAGAAAGAGGCGAACGUGGAGAGAAAGGUCCCAGAGGACCUGAAGGUAUAAAAGGAAACAUGGGACCUGUUGGUCUUGCUGGCCCUAAAGGUAAUGACGGUCCUCCAGGUCCUCCUGGUAUAGAAGGUCCUCCUGGUCCAAAAGGAACUGACGGUCAAGCUGGCAUUAAGGGUGAAGUAGGUCCACCAGGGCCGAUCGGACCUCCAGGUCCACCUGCUGAAAUGCCUUUGUUACCUCCUGAAUUAUUAUUUCAAAUGAAUAAUGUCGACAAAGGUGUUGUUAGAGAAAGAAGAAGUGUGGAAGAAAUGAUUGAGGAAUAUGAAGACGAACUCGGAUCUAAAAUUGACGAGAUGUCGAAAGAGGAUAUAAACAUCAAGUUUUUAGAAAUGUAUAGUACAAUAUAUAAUAUGAGAAUCGAACUGGAGAGUUUUAGAAAACCAAAUGGAACAAAAGAAAAUCCGGCGAUGACUUGUAGAGAUCUUCAUUACGGACAUCCGCAUCUGAAAAAUGGCUGGUACUGGAUAGAUCCUAAUAUGGGAAUGAAAGAUGAUACAGUUUAUGUUUUUUGUAAUAUGACAGCAGAAGGAGAAACAUGCGUGUAUCCAGACGUUCACAGUUCGAGUAUACCAAAUAUUCAAUGGCAAAAAGAGGGUAAUAAAGUGAAUCGGUACUCAAAUUUGCGAGGGGGUUUUAAGAUCACUUACGAAACUGUGGGUACUGUACAAAUGUCCUUCUUAAGGCUUCUUUCGAAGGAAGCUUACCAAAACUUCACCUUUACUUGUAUAAAUAGUGUCGCAUGGUUUAAUUCAAAGACCGAAAAUUAUGACAUGUCCAUUAAACUACUUGGAGAUGAUAAAUACGAAUUCUCUCAUGAUUCUGCUCAAAAACCAAAAAUCUUAGUUGAUAACUGCCAAUUCAGAAGCGACAAAGGUGAAACCAUCUUUGAAGUGAGGACUCAAAAAUUAUCACAUCUUCCACUCAUCGAUUUCUAUCCGAAAGACUAUGGCUUAACCAACCAAGCUUUUGGAUUUUCCGUAGGCCCUGUGUGUUUCAAAUAAAUUUCGGUAGCAUUUAUAAAUUUACUAGUUGUGAUAGCACCUAUUUAUUGUUUUAUGUUAAUAUUGUUAAUAAAUGUGUACAUAUUUUACUAUUAAUUUUAAAUUUUCUAAGUGUAUGUCAGUUACACGGUGUACAAAUAAAUAAAAUCCUGUUUGGUUGGUA